AUCAAUUCCCCAUGAGAGGCGCGAUAAAUUCUAGAGUCACAAUUGCUCGAGCAUUUCAGAAGCGACAGCUCAUAAAAUCAUAAGUCAGCAAUCGCUCACUGAACAUUCUUCACACCUAUAUAAAGUGACAGGGUCUAAACAGCUGUCAUAACGUUCCAGAACUCCCAGUGAAUUUAGUUAAAGAUUUGAAUUUACAAGGCAAUUGGUUUUUACUGUCUUGCGAAAUAAUGGCGACUCCCGUGUCUACGAUAUCUCCAGAGUCUCUGAAAAUAUCGCAGCGACAACUUUUUGCUCCUUCCCUCCAGGAAAUCAAGAAUGUUUUGAGUCCGGCUUUGGCUGAAAAUUUUUCCGAGGUCUCAAUUGAAGUCGUUGAUUGCCCGGAUUUGACUCAACAACCGUUUACACUCGCUGCGGCAGGUCUUGGAGGUAGCAAGACUAUUUUGGAAGUGGGUGGACCUUCAUUUUUACUCCCCAGUGUCCAGCGAGAUAAAGUUUAUGAAUUGAAAUCAAUAUUAAACCGCAUAAAUAAUGGAAAAAUGGAAAAAAAAGGAUUUGUUAUCGGGGCCGGUGCCGGGCCGUGGCCUAGACUCUCUAGAAAUUGUGAAAUGAUGAUGAAUGUUAUCGUAUCUCCAACCGACUUGAAAAAUGAGACUCGAUUAUCCUGGGUCGGACCAAACGAGAAAUGCAUUCUCGAGGAGUCUCUAGAGAAUGAUUUAAGAUUCGCUUUAUUAGCGAAUCUCUAUCUGAGCGAAGGAAAACCAGGAAAAGUAUUGAAGGUUCACGCGAAAAAGAGAACUGGAAAUUUGGAUUUCAUCGCUACUAUGCAAAAAGCACUCGAAAGUCAUUACAAAGAUAAACUUGUUGGCUUGGGUGGAACGUUUCUUUUGAAGCAAGGAAAAGCCAAGCAACACGUGAUGCGAGACUUCUCCAGUGUACCCUUGACAACAGAAAAAGCUCUAAACGACUGGUUGAAAUUUUAUGACAUGUCUGCACCGCUGAUAGCAGUGGGCACUUUCGUCUCAGCUGAAACUGAUCUCGAUCUUCGCGUUCAGCACUUCCACAGCUUCAGUCAUCAUGGAGAAGGUGGUCAUUACCACAUCGACACAACACCUGAAACUGUGGAGUACCUCGGAUACUUCAGCGUUGCUGAAUUAUUGUAUAGGAUUGAUCAACCGGCAGUUGGUGUCACUUUUGGGAAAGAUUGAUUCGAAUAAUACCUCGGAAAAGAAAAUUCUCAAAUCAUCUCUCUUCUAGUGUUUAUACUCUAAAUUAAGAUUUGAUCGAAUACUUGACAGCAAUCAGCGAUAAUGGUUUUUGAAAUUACAUUAGGAUAUUGUUCUCUCAAUUUAUGGAAUGAAUCUGGGAAUAAUGAGACUAAUUACAGCAGGAUUUUUUCAUUUCGAGGAGUUUAUGUGAAUUUUUUAUGUGAUGAAAUAUAAUAAAAAAGUUUAAUUUUU